GUAAAUUAGAAUAAGGCAAAUGGUUAAUUUUGCCAGCAUCGCAACCCCAUAGUUUUCAAAUCAUUUUCAUUCUCAUUUCAUUUCCGCGUCAUCCUCCCUUCUGUUUCUCUCUCCUACCGCAACUUCUCCCCUCAUCUUGAGGCCUCCGCAAAAUUCACCAUCUCUCUCACCCCACACCACUGACGCCCCCUCUCACUCCUUUUAAAUCCUGCAUUUGCAUUUGCAUUUGCAUUUGCAUUUGCAUUCGCAUUUCCCAACUUCCCGGCGCCAUUAUGUGGUGGUGAAUCCGCUGACAUUUCAAACCAGAUCUGCACCCCGCCGUGCCAGAUCCGAUGGAGGAAGCGCUCGAGCUCGCACGCGCGAAGGACGCGAAGGAGCGAAUGGCGGGCGUGGAGCGCCUCCACAAGGUGCUGGAAGCUUCCAGAAGGAGCCUCAGCUCCAGUGAGGUCACUUCUCUUGUCGAUUGCUGCUUGGAUCUCUUGAAGGACAACAGCUUCAAGGUCUCGCAGGGCGCGCUCCAGGCUCUCGACUCUGCUGCCGUGCACGCCGGUGACCACUUCAAGCUCCACUUCAACGCGCUAGUCCCUGCCGUCGUCGACCGCCUCGGUGAUGCCAAGCAGCCCGUCCGCGACGCUGCCAGGCGGUUCCUUCUCACUCUCAUGGAGGUUUCAUCUCCUACAAUAAUUGUUGAAAGAGCAGGGUUCUUUGCCUGGACAAGCAAAAGCUGGAGAGUCAGAGAGAAAUUUGCACGAACAGUCACAUCUGUAAUUGGUCUGUUUUCAUCUACUGAGCUUCCCCUUCAACGUGCUAUUCUUUCUCCUAUUUUGCAGUUGCUGAAUGAUCUGAAUCCUGCUGUUAGGGAAGCAACUAUUUUGUGUAUUGAGGAAAUGUAUACACAAGCUGGGUCCCAAUUUCGUGAUGAACUUUAGCGCCACAAUCUCCCUUCAUCUUUGGUGAAAGCUAUUAAUGCUAGGCUAGAGGGAAUUCAACCAAAAGUUUGCUCUUCAAAUGGUAUUUCUAGCGGUUAUAAUGCUAGGGAAAUUAAGCUUGUGGCUGUUAAUCCCAAGAAAAGUAGUCCAAAGCAUAAAAGUUCAUCAAAGGAGACCUUUCUUUUUGGAGGAUGCAUGGCAGUGUGACAUAUGUGGUUCUAAAUCUGGAAGGGGAUUUGUACCUAAUGAAGUCAGUGCUGACCAAUGACCACAUUUGAUGCAAUCCUACCCCCAAGGGCAUUAGAUAGAACACUCUAAGAAGAUUGAGCCAGAGAUGCAAGAGAAGGCCCUAAGGUUCUCAUGAGCCUUAGGGUAGAUUUUGGGCCCAUGGGCUAAGU